CAUAUUACUGCGUCACCAGAGGUUAUAGGUCAUGUGUCUGACGCCGCCACAUGCAUGAUGUUGUGUUGUUGAUACUGAAGAUUUCUAAGGAUUUACAGCUUCUAGAGGAUUCUUCUCAGUAGGUGUUCUGCAGUCCUCUGGUCCAGACUGAUUUUUCCUCUGAGGAAAGAUAAUGAGGAACUUGAAGCUACUGAAGAGCCUGCGGAGCUCUGAGCUGCAGGGUCCCGGCUCGCCGCAGUGCCUCAGUGUGCGGGCGGACACCGGAUCACUGCUGGUCGCCUCAAACUACUCCAUCACAGAAUAUGACCCACGUACCGGCCAGGAGCUCAGUGAAGCAUCGUUGACAGCUGAGGGUUUCCUCCACGAGGACGGUAGCGGAGAGGUGGUGGGACUGCAGGACUUGGCUGAACACGAGUCCGCAUGUUUGGCCACAGCUGGUGGUGAUGUCAUCCUGUUCAACCUCAACACGUGCAAGUUGGAGUGUGUCGGCAGUGUGGACAGUGGUCUGACCUCAAUGAGCUGGAGUCCUGAUGAAGAGCUCGUCAUUCUCACUACUGGUCAGGAAACCAUCAUCAUGAUGACCAAAGACUUUGAGCCCAUCACCGAGGUUGGAAUCCACCAGGACGACUUUGGUGAAGGAAAGUUUAUCACAGUGGGCUGGGGAAAGAAGGAGACUCAGUUCCAUGGCUCAGAGGGGAAACAGGCGGCCCAGAGGAAGACCCAGGAGGUGCAGCCGGCUGCAACCUGCGAUGACCGCAGGCCGAGGGUGACGUGGCGAGGUGACGGUCAGCUGUUUGCAGUCAGUGCCGUCUGUCCUCAGACUGGGGCCAGGAAGGUCCGGGUCUGGAACAGAGAGGGAGUCCUGCAAGCCACCAGUGAGCCGAUCAAUGGACUGGAGCAGGCGCUCUGCUGGAAACCGUCAGGCAGCCUGAUCGCGAGCACGCAGCGCCAUCCCAACAAACACAGUGUGGUUUUCAUGGAGAAGAACGGACUGCUGCACGGAGACUUCACCCUACCCUUCAGCAAAGACCAGGCCAAGGUGAAGGAUCUGCUGUGGAACAGUGACUCCACGGUGUUAGCUGUUUGGUUGGAGGACAUGACGGCCGGGGAGGACAAACAAGUCAACACUUGCAUCCAGCUGUGGUCGGUGGGGAACUAUCACUGGUAUCUGAAGCAGAGUCUGGACUUCGGCAGAGACUCUCAAAAGGCUCCAGUUUCUGUCUUCUGGGAUCCUGAGCGCCCCCUGAGGCUCCACGUUGUGACCCGCGCCUGGACCACCUUCACCUACGACUGGGGCUGGACAACCGAGAGAAGCCCCGGGCUGGACGCCACCGACGGCGCCAACGUGGCUGUGAUUGAUGGAGAUAAAGUCCUGGUGACGAGCUUCAGGCGGUCUGUGGUUCCUCCUCCCAUGUGUUCAUUCGAGCUCCAGCUGACCUCCCCGGUCAACCAGGUGACCUUCCUCUGCCAGGCUCAGAUGACCAAUCAGCUGGCAGCAAUGACCUCUGAUGGACAGAUCUCAGUCUACAAACAAGAUUUAGGAGAGAAGGCUGCUAAAACAACAAAUGGAUUCAGAACGGUGUCUCGUCCCCUGGUCCUCCAGAAAACCUUCAGAGUGACAGUUCACCAGCAGGAGCCUCUGGCCCUGCGGCAGCUGCUGUGGCUGACCGACGAUCUGUUUGUGGCUGUGAGUCCUGGUCUGCUGCUACCAACCUCCUCCACCUUACUGAUGCUCCAUCCUGCUCCCGACGCUGACGACACACUCACUGUCAGGUCAGAGGUGGAAGUGGACGGUGUUAUCGUCAGUGUGGUUCACAGCUCACAGAGCGCUACUGUGGCGCUGCAGCUGGAGGACGGACAGAUCAGGAAGCUGCUCUGGGAUUGUCCGGAGCCUUCAGUGGAAGAUUGGCGUGACACCAGCGGAUGUUGCAUCAACUUCCCCGUCCCCUGUGUUCAGGCAGCGCUCUGCAGCAUCAGCGGGGAGGAAUAUCUACUCGGCCUGACGGACAGAUCUCACCUGUACGCAGGAGACACAGAGCUGGCCUCCAAUAUUUCCUCCUUUGCUGUUUGCAAUGAUUUCCUCCUCAUCACAACACACUCACACACCUGUCGCUGCCUCCAACUGAGCGCGCUCAGUGUCAAAGGGCUGCAGGCGGCCCUGGCUUCAGAUGGAGUUCAGAAUGAUGAGACGCUACGGCGAGUGGAGAGAGGAUCCAGGAUUGUCACUGUGGUCCCUCAAGACACCCGAGUCAUUCUGCAGAUGCCUCGUGGAAACCUGGAGACGGUGCAUCAUCGAGCGCUGCUGUUAGCUCAGCUCAGGAGAUGGUUGGACGGUCUGAGGUUCAGAGACGCCUUCGAGUCGAUGAGGAAGCUGAGGAUCAAUCUGAACUUCAUUUACGAUCACAACCCAAAGGUUUUUCUGGAAAACAUCGAGACUUUCAUCGCACAACUGGACUCUCUCAACCACAUCAACCUCUUCCUCACUGAGCUCAAGGAGGAGGACACAACCAGCAUCAUGUACCCCCGUCCUGAGGGAGGCUUGAUCCAGACUCCUCCUGCUGUGUCCGGGCAGAAGAAGGUGGAUGUUGUCUGUGAUGCUUUUAAGAGUGCGAUGGAAUCAAUGGAUCCAAACAAGUUCUUUCUGUCCAUACUGACGGCUCAUGUGAAGAAGACGGUCCCCGAGCUGGAGACCGCUCUGCAGAAAGUCCACGAGCUUCGAGUAAAUCCUCCCGAAGCUCCCGAUGCCGUGAGCGCUGAAGAGGCCUUGAAGUACCUCCUCUUCCUCGUCAACGUCAACGAUCUGUACGAACACUCUCUGGGGACGUACGACUUUGAUCUCGUGCUCAUGGUGGCGGAGAAAUCCCAAAAGGAUCCCAAAGAGUACCUCCCCUUCCUCAACAUGCUGAAGAGCCUGGAGCUGAACUACCAGCGCUACACCAUCGACAAACACCUCAAACGCUACAAGAAGGCUCUGCAUCAUCUCAGCAAGUGUGGAGAGGAACAUUUCUCUGAAGCUCUGCAGCUUGUGAAGGAGCAGAAACUUUACACUGAAGCUCUGCGGCUGUAUGCAGCAGACAGCAUUCACUACAAGGCUCUGAGCUGUGUGUAUGCCGAGCACCUGGUGGAGCAGCAGCAGGCAGAGCAGGCCGGCUUGUUGCUGUGGAGAUGUGGAGAGUUAGCCAGCGCCCUGCAGGCGUUCACCAGCAGCUCCAGCUGGAGGAACGCCAUCUGUGUGGCGCAGCAGAUCCCACUUCCACCGGACCAGUUAGCUCUGCUGGCCAGAGACCUGGCAGAGAAGCUGACUGAACAGCGGCGGUACUCAGAAGCGGCUCUGCUGUUGGACCAGUACGCUAAAGACUGUGAGGAGGCCAUAUUGGCUCUGAUCACCGGUGCAGUGUGGGAGGAGGCGCUCCGAUUGAUUUACAUGCACAACAGACAGGACAUCACUGAGACCAACCUCAAACCUGCUCUGAUGGAAGCUGUCAGCACUCAGACCACCUUCUUGGAGACUCAGGUAGCAACGUUCACUCGGCACAGGACCCGGCUGGCUGUGGUCAGAGAGCAGAAGGAGAAGGCCAGACUGGACAUGCUGGAUGAAGACGGUCCAGACUGUCCUGACGCCGAGCUUUACUCCGAAGCAAGCAGCGUGCUGACCGGCUCCAAAUACUCCCACAGCAACUCCCGCAUCUCCUCGAGGUCGUCAAAGAACCGUCGGAAAGCUGAGAGGAAGAAGUUGAGUCUGAAGGAGGGAAGCCCGAUGGAGGACCGAGCGCUGAUGUGUGCUCUGGGUGACAUCAUGAGCACUGUGGACAAGAUGAGAGAGGAAAUGCACGGCCUGCUGAAGGCUCUGGUGUUGUUCCAGUUCCACAAACAGGCGGAGAAGCUGCAGCUGGCCUUCACUGAGGCUCUGCAGAUGAUAGAGGCAGCGAUCCCUGAGGUGUGGCCCGAAAGCCUGCAGAGCAAUCAAACACCGCUCACCGGGCCGAACUCGACUGCAAACAGCAUCAUGGCUUCGUUCCAGCAGCAGCAGAGACCUGCAGCUCCACAACAAGCUCCUGAAGUCCUGACGCCACCAAAGAUGAGAAACGGUAUCAAGUGGAAGCUCGCUGUUCUUACAUGACUUAGAUGUGUUUAAGUUUUAUUAUUUUUUAAACUGUAAAGUCAAAUGGAAAUUAUGUGGUAAAUAAAGAUUCAGGUAAUGUCUC